UGCGAUCUCUAUAUCCUUUCCAACUUGGGAUAGCGCACAGCACAAUAUUUCCAUUAUGAAGAAACCCGAUCCGACAGUGAGCGAUCCGACAGUGAGAAAAAAAUAUGGUGAAUUGGGCCACUCAUUCGUUGAACGACUAUCGAGAAUGUUACGUGAUCUCAACCCUGCAAUUUCUUUAUCAUUCGUUCCUGAGCAAAACUGUUUUCAUAUCAGUGGGUUUCCUGAUAUGCCCCUCUCUGAAUGCGUUAAAAUACUUUCUCAAGUCAGAUCUCCCUAUUAUUAUAUGAAAGUCAAGGGAGAAUCUACCCACGGCAUCAUCAUUUUUCAGCUUGUCCGUAAUUCAAGUGAUCUUGAACGCGAGCUUGUCCGUAUUUUAAGUGGUACUGAACUCGAGCUAAGGGAGAGUCAACACCUUCAAUGGGAGCGUCAACGCCUUCAAUGGGUGCGUCAACACCGUCAACGUACUCUCGACACCAGAACUUCGGCUGCCUUACAAGCCCAAUUCCACCGGCUCAAAGCUGCCCGACGAUAACCUAUAUUUAAGGAUCGGACUCGACCACAUAGCGGAUCCUACCGUGGUUUACGUGGACCUAGGUGACAGCUGUCAGCUUGUGGCAUUCAAUCAUAUGAUCCCAUCUACUCCUGGCCCACGCGAGACAGAGAACUAUCGACCCUGAAAUUAAGGGUCUCGCUUGAUUUGGACAUGGAGAGCGUUACGAUUGAUAAAAGUUGGGUCGCGCGGGAAAUUCAUGGUGGACAGGCUCAGGGACACUCUGGGUCAGGGGCAGCUAUCCCUUGACUUGGCUUCCAGUUGUUUCAAGAAUCCUUUGAUAUACUCACUCCCUUUGCGAGGAUGAAUUUGACUGUUGUUAAUCCCACUUAAACACAUUUUUCACAUCAAG